AUGGAAAUACGCAAUCAGAUAUCUGCAUUGCUUGAAGCAGGAGGCUUCAGGCUACGGAAGUGGGCUUCCAAUAGCGCUAGUUUACUCGACGAGAUGCAAGACACGUCAUCAGACAAUCGACUACUCGAGUUGGACAAAUUUGGAUCAGCCAAGACUCUAGGUAUUAAUUGGAAUCCUGCCAAGGAUGCAUUUCAGUACAGAUUUCAGGCUGAAAAGUCGCUUCCAAAGACGUACACCAAAAGAAUAGUUCUAUCACAAAUUGUACAGAUCUUUGAUCCCCUAGGAUUGCUCGGGCGAGUGAUCACGAAGGCGAAGAUCUUGAUGCAAACUAUUUGGAGAAGCAAUUUAGAUUGGGAUAAGCCAUUACCUCCAAAAAUCAAUGCGGAAUGGGCUCAAUUCAUUCAGGACUUGUUGAAGGUUAACAAGAUUGAGAUACCUCGCAGAGUCACAACCAACUUCGCAGAAGGGAACACGCGUGUAGAGAUUCACGGAUUUUCGGACGCUAGUGAACGCGCCUACGGCGCCUGUAUAUAUCUUCGCAGUUUUAACGCGUGCGGAGCCGUCGAAGUACAUUUGCUAUGCUCUAAAUCACGCGUAUCUCCAAUAAAAGUAUUAUCAACACCACGGCUGGAGUUGUGCGGCGCACAGCUCUUGGUCCACCUAACAGAAAAAGUCAAGAAAUCUUUAGAAAUCCCUAUUUGCAACGAGUAUUAUUGGACCGACUCAUCAAUAGUCUUAUACUGGAUUAAGGCUACUAACAAGAAGUUGCCGGUCUUUGUAGCUCAUAGAGUGGGCGAUAUUCAAGAUUCAACAGCAAUCGAAGAUUGGAGACAUGUUCAAGGUAAAUCAAAUCCAGCAGAUUUGAUUUCGCGCGGGGCGAGCAUCCAGGAAUCCUUAGAGUCGCAAAUUUGGUGGAAUGGGCCUCAAUGGUUACAUCAACAGCACUUGCCAGAGGAACAGCACAAGCAAAUAGAUUAUGAUGAAAGUCAAUUAGAAGACCGUGACAAAUCGAAAGUAGUGGCUGUAUCAGCCUGCAGCGCCACGAGUCCGUUUGAAAAAUACAGCAAUUUUAAUAGAAGAAUUCGUAUCGCGGCCACAUGUUUACGUUUUCUGUAUAAUUGUAAGAAAGAAAAAGCAUAUGGUCCAUUAACAGCAAGCGAACUAGAAAGAGCAGAGAAGAGCUUAGUGAGAAGAGAGCAAGAGAUUGUAUUCUACAAAGAGAUCAAUAGGCUCAAAAGAGGCAAGACAAUUUUGCAACAGAGUUAUCUAAAAUAUUUAAAUCCAUUUUUGGAUGAGGAUCAGCUGUUAAGAGUUGGAGGCAGAUUAAGGCACGCACAAUUAUCAUCGGAUAUCAAACAUCCAAUAUUAUUGCCUUAUCAUUCCAGGUUUACAGAGAUCAUCAUAGAGCACGAGCAUUUGAGGAACUUGCAUGCCGGAGCAGACGCAACAUUGGCUGCUGUUCGCCAAAAAUAUUGGCCGAUCAAGGCGCACGGUACAGUCCGCAGAUUAUUGCGAGGUUGUAUAAAAUGUUUCAGGUCGAAGCCGCGAUUUUCGGAGCAAUUGAUGGGGGACCUACCGAUGCAGAGAGUUACGUUAUCAAGGCCAUUCAAUAGCACAGGAGUAGAUUAUUGCGGGCCGAUCUACAUUCGUGAAAGUUCGCGGAGAAACAGUAAACGUCUCAAGACUUUCGUAGCGGUAUUUGUGUGUAUGGCAACAAAGGCUGCACAUUUAGAAGUAGUAUCUAACUUGACAACGGAUGCAUUUCUUAAUGCGUUCAAGCGAUUCAUCGCUCGCAGAGGUAAGCCUGCAAAUGUUUUCUCGGAUAAUGGAACUAUUUUUACAGGAGCCAAUCGUGAAUUAGAAGAGCUCAGAGCUCUAUGUAGUCAGGAGGAGCAUCAGCUUAAAAUUAUAAAUGAAGCAGCCAAGGAAAGAAUCAACUGGCACUUCAUACCUCCACGUACACCACAUUUUGGCGGUUUGUGGGAGGCUACCGUGAAGGUGUUCAAAAGGCAUUUCUAUAAAAUAGUUGGGGAAACGCCACUGACUUUCGAAGAAGCAUCAACAUUUACAUCACAAGUGGAGGCUAUUCUUAAUUCGAGGUCGUUAACAGCUAUGUCAUCGGACCCUAAUGACAUGAGCUACAUUUCUGCAGGGCACUUUCUUAUUGGCGACACUCUGACGUCAUAUCCAGAACCUAAUAUCAUGCAAAUACAAACUAAUCGUUUAACGAGAUGGCAGCAUCUAGAGCAGAUGCGACAGCAUUUUUGGAAGCGUUGGUCGAACGAUUAUUUGCUUCAGUUACAGCAUCGUAUAAAAUGGUGUGCUAAUCAUGGACCCUCCAUUCAAAUCGGUCAGCUAGUCAUUUGUCGUGAGGAUGGUACUCCACCCUUGAAAUGGGUACUUGGCAGAAUUUUAGAAAUAUUCCCGGGAGAAGAUAACAUUGUGAGGGCAGCGACUGUCAAAACCGCAACCGGUUCUUAUAAGAGACCAGCUUCCAAACUUGCUGUUUUGCCGAUUGAAGAAAAGCUUAAUGCGUUUAAUAAUUAA